CUUUUUGUUGUAUCUCUCCUAGAAAUUUGACCCAAUUAUGCUAAAAUAAUGUCCAAAAAUUAAUAAACAAAAAUUUCAGAGUGGAAUGGAAUCCUUUUGGAUGGUUUUCUGUGUACAAGUCUUUCUAGCAAUAUUUUAAGACUUGGGUUUUGGCUGGAUGUGGAUUCUCUCUGCUUGGGGUUGAGGGGGGAGGGGUUUUUGAGGGAUUCCCUCUUAUUCUGAGAGGGAUAAAUCUUACUGCUUUGUCCUCUUAGAGAAAGCUCUCAUAUCUCUCACCUGUAAACUCCCCUAAAGGUAGAUUCUUGCAAAAAAGUUUGGUGUCAGCAAUGUAUUCCCCAACCCACAUAUGCAGAUUACUUGUUUGCAAGGCUUUCCAGCUGAGUUCCUUAGCUGCUCAUGUUCAUCCCAUCUCAUUUCCUUUCCAGGAGGCCUCUAUUAUUAUAUGGGUGAAUAAGAAGAUGGUGGUCUGAAACCAAAAAUUGAGCUCGUUUUCAAGUCUUCCGUCUAAUUUCUCCCAAUGGCAAGAAAGGUGCCGAUGCUUCUGCUGAUUCUUGGGGUUUGCUUGCUGCCAAUGGAAGUUUUGGGUGCUGGAAAUGCCUCUUCUUCAUCAAGGCCAAAGACGGUGAAUUUAGGAGCCCUCUUCACUUCUGAUUCAGUGAUUGGUAGAGCAGCCAGGCCAGCAAUCUCAGCUGCAAUUGAUGAUGUCAAUUCUGAUCCCACCAUCCUCUCAGGAACCAAGUUGAACCUUCUCUUCCAUGACACUAAUUGCAGCGGAUUUCUUGGGACUGUUGAAGCUUUGCAGCUGAUGGAAAAUGAUGUGGUGGCAGUAAUUGGGCCACAGUCUUCGGGGAUAGCUCAUGUGAUCUCCCAUGUAGUCAAUGAACUCCAUGUUCCAUUACUUUCAUUUGCAGCAACCGAUCCAACCCUAGCAGCACUCCAAUACCCAUACUUCAUUAGAACUACACAGAGUGACUACUUCCAAAUGUAUGCAAUUGCUGAUCUGGUCACAUACUUUGGGUGGAGGGAAGUCAUUGCCAUAUUUGUUGAUGAUGAUUAUGGAAGGAGUGGAGUGUCUGUGCUAGGAGAUGCCUUGGCGAAGAAGCGAGCCAAGAUCUCUUACAAGGCUGCCAUCACCCCAGGAGGCAGUCAAAGUACAAUCAAAGACAGAUUGGUUGAGGUUAACCUAUUGGAAUCGAGGGUCUACAUUGUCCAUGUGAAUCCUGAUUCAGGGCUUUCCAUUUUCUCAGAAGCCAAGAAUCUUGGCAUGAUGAGCAAAGGGUAUGUGUGGAUCACUACAGACUGGCUUGCUUCUGUAUUGGAUUCUAUGGUGCCACCGGAUGCCGAUACAAUGAGCCUUCUCCAAGGGGUUGUGUCGUUCAGGCACCACACUCCAGAUACCGACCUCAAGAAGAAGUUCAUGAAAAGAUGGAAUGAUGGUCUGAAAUACAAGAAACCAGGACCAGCAUCGUUUAAUUCCUAUGCACUCUAUGCUUAUGACUCUGUGUGGCUUGCUGCACAAGCACUUGAGACGUUCUUAAACAGUAAUGGGACUAUUUCUUACUCGAAUGAUCCACAAUUACGCGAUGUCAAUGGAAGCACAUUGCAUUUGUCAUCUCUUAGAGUGUUUAAUGGAGGCCAGAAGUACCUUGACACACUGCUGUCUACAAACUUCAUUGGUUUGAGUGGUGAAGUCCAGUUUGAUUCUGAUAAGAACUUUAUUCACCCUGCUUACGAUGUGCUCAAUAUAGGAGGGAAUUCUUUCAGGAGAGUUGGGUACUGGUCCAAUCACUCAGGUCUAUCCACUGUCACUCCUGAGACUCUCUAUGGGAAGCCUGCGAAUGGUUCUUUGAAUUCCAAUUCUAAGAGUGAUGAGCAUCUGUACAGCAUCAUCUGGCCUGGUGAAACCUCUGACACACCAAGAGGUUGGGUUUUUCCUAACAAUGGGAAGCCACUGAGGAUUGCAGUUCCAGAUCGAAGGAGUUACUUGGCGUUUGUGGCGAAGGACAAGAACCCUCCUGGGGUUAGAGGGUACUGCAUUGAUGUGUUUGAAGCUGCUAUCAACUUGUUGCCAUAUCCUGUUCCCAGGACUUAUAUGUUGUAUGGAGGUGGGAAAAGAAAUCCUUCCUACAAUGAUCUUGUCAAUGCAGUUGCUCUUAACGAAUAUGAUGCAGCAGUAGGGGACGUGACAAUAGUGACGAACAGAACAAAGAUAGUGGAUUUCACGCAGCCAUACAUGGAGUCAGGGCUGGUAGUGGUGGUGCCAAUGAAGCAAGCCAAAUCCAGCCCCUGGGCAUUCAUGAAGCCAUUCACCAUCCAGAUGUGGUGUGUCACCGGCGCUUUCUUCCUCUUCGUCGGAGCCGUGGUCUGGAUCCUCGAGCACCGCAUCAACCACGAGUUCCGCGGCCCUCCUAGCCAGCAGCUCAUCACCAUUUUCUGGUUUAGCUUCUCAACCAUGUUCUUCUCGCAUAGGGAGAACACGGUGAGCACAUUGGGACGUUUGGUGUUGAUCAUAUGGCUGUUCGUCGUCCUGAUCAUCAAUUCCAGCUACACGGCCAGCCUGACGUCGAUCCUGACCGUCCAGCAGCUGACUUCAAGAAUUGAAGGAAUCGACAGCUUGAUCGCCAGCACCGAGCCCAUUGGAGUCCAGGACGGUUCGUUUGCGUGGAAUUACUUGGUCGAUGAGCUCAACAUUGCAGCUUCCAGGCUCGUCACACUGAAAACCCAGGAAGAUUACUCCACCGCACUUGCCAAGGGACCCAAAGCCGGCGGAGUGGCCGCCAUCGUCGACGAGCUUCCUUACGUCGAGCUCUUCUUGUCCAGCGCCAAUUGCCAGUUCAGGAUCGUCGGGCAGGAGUUCACCAAGAGCGGCUGGGGAUUUGCGUUUCAGAGAGACUCCCCACUGGCCGUCGACCUCUCGACGGCAAUCCUCCAACUCUCCGAGAACGGCGACCUCCAGAAGAUCCACAACAAAUGGCUGCUCCACAGUGAGUGCACCGACUCGCUCAACCCGGUAGACGAGAACCGCCUCUCGCUCAGCAGCUUCUGGGGGCUCUUCUUGAUCUGCGGCCUCUCCUGCCUCCUCGCCCUCCUCAUCUUCUCCUGCCGGGUAUACGGCCAGUACAGCAGAUUCGCGCCCCACGAAGGCGGCGGAGACGGCGACGGUGAGACGGAGGACAUUCGGCCGGCGACGAGGACGCCGCGGCGGUCGUUGAGGACGACGAGCUUCAAGGACUUGAUAGAGUUUGUAGAUAGGAAGGAAACGGAGAUUAAGGAGAUACUGAAGCGGAAGCACAGCCAGAAUAAUCAGGACAGCAAGAGAACGCAUCAUAGCGGCAGCCCUAGCGACGACGGCGGCGGCGGUUCCCACGCUUAGCUCGCCGGCUUGAUUGAUUAACUUUAUUAGUUGUAAUUUUGUUGAGGACGGCGUGGCGGCCGGCGAGGGGUAAAAAAGGAAAAGACAGUGGAUAAAUGGAGUUUGUUUAUUUAGGUAGGGUAUAGAAAGAAUAUCUGUAGUCUGUGUAGAAAGCAUUUUGUAAUUUACAAUAAUGGGUAAAAGAAAAGGAAAAUAAAAAUAACAGUUAGAUACUUAUUACUUGGAUAGAAUCAUG